GGUAAAGAACAUUGUUCCUGCUGCAGAACGAUCUACGUGUGUUAGAGAGGAGCAUUUAAGUCCCAGCAGAGACUCAUUCUGAGUUGAGGGAUCUGAGCACAUUCUCGUAUGAAGAGAAGAUGAAGCUGUUUAUCACGAGUGUCUCUGUGCUGCUGCUGCUUCUGGCUUUUUCAUGCAUCUCAUCUGAACUUGUAGAUAAAUUCAGUAAAUGCGGUGACUUUUUUUUCCGUCAAACGCCUCCGGUUAUACCUGGCAUUCUGAAGGAUUCAGCUGCACAGGACAAUAAUUAUAAAACAAUAUGUCAACGAUAUGAGCAGAGUGUAAAAUAUGCGACCCUCUACAACACAAAGGGGAGGAUCCCUGUUUUCUCAGCUUAUAAAUACACCGGAACACAAAAAUACAAGAAACUGACUAAGAUUCCCUGGAUGAUCGAAUCGCAGCUUGAACCUGAGGGUUAUUGGAUGCAUGAGCCAUUCGUCAAUCAGGCUACCACUGGAGACUACUACAAUAACACGCAAAACGUUAGUUGUGGUCACUUAUUUCCAGUCCUUUAUGCAGCUGAUAGAGAAACUGCCGAGUCUACAUUCACACUCACCAACAGCAUUCCACAGAAGAGAAACUUAGAGACAGGCAUUUGGAUUCACAAAGAACAAAAAAUUAAAGUCAUCAUGGAUGAAUUCUGUCGUGACGAGAAGAACAACAAUGAGAUCUUAGCCUACGUGUUGACUGGAGCUCUGCCUGGCUCUAAUACACUGAAUAAAAGAGUGAAUAUUCCCUCUCACAAGUGGAUGGCAUUUUGCUGCUAUAACAGUUCAGGAAACUCAUGGCUCUCCAAAGCUGACUGGGCAGAGAACAAAAUUAAUAAUGAUAUGGACACUCGUCCUAAGAGCCUGGAACAGUUACAAACAUUCUUAAAUAAAAAAUGGGGGAAACAAGUAAAGUUAUUUUACAAUGACUGUAUGUAAUUUUAAUUUGCAAACAGAGAACAGCUUUCCUUAGCAGAAUCACAGCUUUGCAUGAUCAUUUAUUCUGUCUGUACAAUGAGACUUUUUGUCAAAGUGAUUCUGAGUAUUGCUCUUCCCGAUAACUAGGAAAAAAUAUUAUUUUAAAAAUGAUUCCAGCAAAUGCUUUUUUCA